AUGCAAAAUUUUCGACAAGCGAACGUAUUCACGUAUCAUAGAUCCACAACACAUGAAACUACCACCAAUGACGCACCAAAACAAAAAGAAAUGUUAGCAAAAGUUCAUACACAAACUCAUUCAAAGUACCGCACGAAAAAAACGAAUGUGAAUUCAACAAUAACAAAUGUCGAAAGAAAAGAAGUCGAAAUGGAUGAAACCAACAAAGAACGAACUAACCAAACGCAAAAUGACACCAACGACGCAAGGCACCAAAAGCACCAACGACGCAAGGCACCAACUGGACAACACCGACAAUGCAAGAAAAGGCACCAACCUACAAAAAAGAACAGACACCAGUCGACAAAAGAAGAACCGAAUGGAUGA